UCAGUAUAAUUCAGCUCUUCAAGGGUUAACCGUCUACAGAACAAAGUCUUCAAUAGUAACGGUCAACGUCCAGUACUAAGUAUUAAAAAAUAGUAACAGUCUACGUCCAGUACUAAGUAUUGAAAUUAAGUAUGAGGGGUCAUUUCGAAAGGCACUGCUUCGAGUUUGGUUGUGGUGAAGGGCCGGGACCUCACCGAAAAAUGCACGGACCGUGUCACGGUCCUGGACAUCACGGGCCCCCUGGAUUUGGACCUUGGGGUCACCAUGGACAUCAUGGACAUCAUGGACAUCAUGGACACCAUGGGCAUCACGGUCACCACGGUCACGGACCAUGGGGUCGGAAGCAUCACGGACACGGAGGACCUUUCAGCCACCACGGGCACGGACCUUUCGGCCAUCACGGACCGUUCCCCUGGUCUCAUCACGGAUUUGGACCGAAACCCCCACAUCACGGUCACGGCCAUCACGGCCCAGGCCCACACGGUCCCCACGACAAAUUCGAGCGUCACGGUCUUUUCAACUUCAUGUGGUCAAAACCUGGAAAAGACUGCAGUGACAGAUGCACCCGUGGAAGGAACCCUCCCAGCCCUGCAGAGGAAACCAGACCUUGCUGCUCAAAGGAUAAGAACCAACCUGAAGCUACGAUAUUUGUGAGAAAGAUUGUGUUGGACAAAGAACCGAGAUGUUAUUCUGUUUGAAGUGAUGACUGACAGAAUCACUUUGAAUCAGUAUAAUUUAUCGAGGUUUAAAACCAAAUAAAAAGGAAAUAUACACGCAUCAGGAUACGAAGAAUCAUAGUUCUUGGCCAUAGCCAAGGCCAUGGGGCUAAUGGAGAAGAAUUUGAAGAAUAAAGAAGAACCAGUCACAAGGAUAGAUAUUAGAAGAUGUAUCUACAAAUAAAGGAUGCAAAGGAUAAAAGUGAAGAAAAUGGAGUUCAUUGAGCAUUUAACCAGUAAAUAAAUAAAAUUAAAAAUUA